AAACGCAGCAGGAAUUGGGCCUUCGCCGGGCUAUCGUUCAACGACGCAUUACGACAACUAAUUACGGCCGGCCACGAUACCAACUGGCCCAAGCCUUGCGCCACCGUUCAGCCCAAACUUGUUUCCCACCAAAGUCCGCUUUGCCGGCACGCCGCCACGAUGCCGGUUCCCUUCGAGACCUUGUUGCCCUACGCCAUCAUGAUCGGCAUGUUUGGUGUGACGGGUACAGGUCUUGCAGCUGUGAAGACGUGGAGGAACGAAGGGAAGCGCCCACGAUAUUCGCUUGAUCAAUGGGACAAGCAAAUGAUGGAGCGCGAUCGCCGGCUCACAGGAACAUUGCGAGGACAAACAAAUCAACCCGAGGCGCCAUUGGGUUUUGAGUUCAGCAACGGUUGGAAGUUGGAGAAGCGCUUCUCUUGAGAAAGCGGACGAGCCGCAUUAGAUACUGUGGAACACAGCUGUAUAUAACACCAGGGAUAACGUGUUGGCGAGGAUGAGCGACAGUGCGAAAGAGGUCUACAUCUAUUGCGCACCGCGGCGCAUUUAGAGCCAGAAUUGACAGAACGUCACCUUCUGCCCAAAGGUUCCAUUCAGAUGGCAAUAUCUGCCCUGUUCUUAUUCAGAUUCUCGAGGAGCGUGCAUGCCUGGCACACGUCUUGGCUUGACAUGUAGCCGCACCGUACGCAAUGCCCCAGAGUUUGAAGCUGGCCAGAAGAGCGGUCCUGUGUUCGGCGAUUCCUGACCGGGAGCUGCAAUGAUGCUACCUCCUUCGGCUGUCCAUGACGGGUUAUCUCCGUUUCAAGGCCAUUUGGUUGACCUCGUUUGGUGGCUUUCGAUUCCUCGGGUGGCAAUCGUAUUGCCGCGUUGCGACUCUCAGCCGAUCCGCAUCCUCCCAUACCUUCACCCUCGUCGCAUGCACAAGGGUCCUGAUCUUUGUUUGGCGUCAGCCUGGCCAUGUCCUCCCCACUCCGUACAAUAUCAAGUAUCGCGCUUGGUCGAACCCUUUCCAGGCUUUUUAUCAAGCUCCUUGCUGUUCCUCG